AUGCGUCACCGGCGUAAAUAUCUGCUGUUUGCGGGCGUUCCGGAGGUUUCGGGCGAAAAUGUGGCCGAGACAAUUUCCGCCAUAUGUCAGGACAGACUGCAGCUUGCGGAGGCUUCGUCGUCAUCCUUCUCCGUGUGCCACAGGCUUGGUGCUGCUACCGCGGGGCGUACUCGCGUUAUUUUGGUGCGCUUCAAAGAUGCGAUUUGGAGGAAGAAGACUGCACUUAAGGGAUCCUCUGUUGUUGUAUCGGAGUACUUGACACGUGAUCGUCAAGCCGUAUUUCUCGAAGCCCGUAAGCAUUACGGCAUGCGUAGCGUCUGGACGUUGGAAGGUACUAUUUUCGUCAAGGUGUCGGCCGGUAAGACGCGUCGGGUGGUUACGGCGGAGCAGCUGCGUAAGCUGGUCAGCGAGUGCCCACCUGCCGUCCCACAACAAGCUGCAACGACCAGUGGCACGGCUACUGGCCUUGAUAAUGAUAAGGCUUCAAAGAACUCCAGCGACACGAUGACUCGUAGUGCGAGGCGAGCCAAAACAAAUUUGAAAUAA